AUGUCUGCGACUCCCGUGCCGCCGGAAGACCAGGCACGCCUCUUGGAGGAUGCCUUGGUCGCGGUGCGCCAGCAGACGGCCCUCAUGCGCAAAUGCCUCGACACGCCGAGCAAGCUCAUGGAUGCCCUUAAGUGCUGCUCUACCCUAGUUUCUGAGCUGCGCACGAGCAGCCUGGGCCCGAAGCAGUACUACGAGCUGUACAUGGCCGUCUUUGACGCCUUGCGCUACCUCUCCGUUCACCUCCGAGAGAACCACCCCGUCAACCAUCUCGCCGACCUGUACGAGCUCGUCCAGUAUGCCGGCAACAUAGUCCCGCGCCUGUACCUCAUGAUUACCGUCGGCACCGCCUACAUGUCUAUCCCCGACGCUCCUGUCAAAGAACUCAUGAAAGAUAUGAUGGAUAUGAGCAGGGGCGUACAACAUCCCAUUCGCGGGCUGUUCCUUAGAUAUUACCUUUCGGGCCAGGCCAGAGACUACCUGCCGACAGGAGAUGGUGACGGCCCCGAGGGCAACUUGUCCGACUCGAUCAACUUUAUACUCACCAACUUUGUCGAGAUGAACAAGCUCUGGGUGCGGCUGCAGCACCAGGGCCAUUCCCGCGAGCGCGAACAACGGACAAGAGAGCGGAAAGAGCUUCAGCUGCUGGUUGGAAGCAACAUCGUCCGACUGAGCCAACUCGUGGACCUGGAGACGUACAAAUCAGGCAUUCUUGCGCCUCUGCUAGAGCAGGUUGUGCAAUGUCGCGAUGUCCUGGCGCAGGAGUAUCUGCUCGAAGUCAUCACCCAGGUCUUCCCCGACGAUUUCCACCUGCAUACUCUGGACCAAUUCCUCGGAGCCGUUUCACGCCUGAAUCCUCAUGUCAACGUUAAAGCUAUUGUUAUCGGCCUCAUGGAUCGCUUGUCAGAUUACGCCGAACGCGAAUCCAAGGACGACGGAGAAGGGGACCGCGCCAAGCUGGAGGAAGAGGCACUAUCCGCCCUGCUGGAGAAGACCAAAUUGCAGGCCGAAAAGGCAUCACAUGCGCCAGGUGGGAGCUCAGGUGUGGACGAGAACGGGAAACCCCUCGACCUCGAUACAAACGGUGCCGCGCACGAGAGCAGCGAAAACGAAGCCCGUGCCGCAGAGGACCUCCCCCCGCCGGAAGAGCCAGCUCCUUCGAUCGCUGAUACUGAGGCGACUGCCGUCAAUGGAGAAGGGGCCGACGCAGAAAAGGGCAUCCCGGAGAACGUGCAGCUGUACGAGAUUUUCUUCAGCCAAGUCAAAAACUUGGUGGAUGCGCAGCACCUCCCCAUCCCAGACACAAUAGCGUUGCUGUGCUCACUGACAAACUUGGCACUGAACAUCUACCCCGAGAGGCUAGACUUUGUGAACCAGAUUCUCGAGUAUGCCACGAUCAAAGUCCGGGAAAACGCAAACAACGCCGACCUUCACUCUCCUCCGGCACAGCAAAGUCUCUUGGCUCUAUUACAAGCGCCUCUCAACCGCUACCUUUCCAUCUUUACCGCUCUCUCUCUUCCCACUUACGUUCCCCUUUUCCAGUCACAGUCGUACCCGACUCGCCGUGCUGUUGCUGGCGAGGUGGCUCGCACUCUUCUCCGUGAUCAGACACGGAUCUCCACCCCAAGCCAAAUGGAGAAUGUUUUGGAGGUUCUGAAGGUGCUCAUUAAGGAGGGCUCCCAGACACCCUCCAACUACCCGGGCGUUGCACAGCGCCGCGCCGUCGAAACCGACGAGACUAUGGAGGAACAAGGUUGGCUGGCCAGAAUUGUCCACCUCAUUAAUGGCGAAGACAACGACACACAGUUCCGCCUGUUGCAAAUGACCCGCAAGGCGUACUCCGAAGGCAACGAGAGGAUUCGCACGACGACACCACCGCUCAUCACAGCUUGCAUGAAGCUCGCAAGACGCUUCAAGACGCGCGAACACUACGAGGACAACUGGGAGACCCAGAGCAAUGCCCUCUUCAAGUUUAUGCACUCUGCUCUGAGCACCCUGUACACCCGUGUCAACGGAGCCGGCGCUGCCGAGCUCGCCCUUCGUCUGUUCUGCGCAUCCGGUCAGACAGCCGAUAUGACAGGCUUCGAGGAGGUGGCAUACGAGUUCUUCGCUCAAGCCUUCACCGUCUACGAGGAGGCCAUUUCAGACUCCAAGGCGCAAUUCCAAGCUGUCUGCGUUAUCGCGACGGCGCUGCACCAGACAAGAAACUUUGGCAAGGAGAACUACGACACCCUCAUCACCAAGUGCGCUCAACAUGGCAGCAAGCUAUUGCGAAAGCCGGACCAGUGCCGUGCCGUCUACCUGGCUAGUCACCUGUGGUGGGCCACGCCCAUGGCCGUCAAUGGCGAGGCCGACGAGACUGGACUCUACCGCGAUGGCAAGAGAGUGCUCGAAUGUCUCCAGAGAGCUCUGCGCGUUGCUGACUCUUGCAUGGAGACGGCGACGUCGAUUGAGCUGUUUGUUGAAAUUCUUGACCGAUAUGUGUACUACUUUGAGCAGCAGAACGCGGCGGUCACCACCAAAUACCUCAACGGCCUCAUUGAACUCAUUCACUCCAACCUCGCCGGCAACCAGCAGGAUUCGGCUUCGGUCGAGAACAGCAAGCGCCAUUUCUACCACAUCCUCGAGAGCAUCAAGGGGCGGCAGUACGACGGCAUUGUCCUGUACCCGAAAUAA